AUGGCGCUCGGAUUUGGCAUCGGGAUGAUGUACUACGGAAUGCUGUUGGGGGUCGGAAACCUAGGGUUCGACAUCUACCUAAGCGUCACCUUCAAUGCCUUGCUAAUCAUACCAUCCUACUUUGUGUCCUAUUUCUUGCUAAAUCGAUGGAAUAGGAAGAGCACAUUGCUUGGCUUCACAAUGGUGAGUGGAGUGCUGAGUGUGGCAUGUGCUUUUGUGGGGAAUGGGAGUGUGGAAAUAGGGCUGGAGCUUGCCUCUUUCUUCUGCACGUGCAUGGCUUACAAUGUGCUCGUGAUCUUCACUAUCGAAUUGUUUCCAACAAGCGUGAGAAAUUCGGCGACAUCAAUGAUGAGACAAGCCAUCACACUUGGUGUUCUAUUUGAUCCAACGUUGAUCUCGGCCGGCAGAGAAGUACCACAUUUGACCUACACAGUGUUCGGAAUCGUGAUAAUUUUUUGUGGAUUCAUGGUUCUUUUCUUGCCCGAGACUAGAGGGACGACGCUCUCCGAUACCAUGGAUGAGCAAGAGCAAAGAGAUUUUGGUUUAAAUAAUUCAUGA